UUGGUGCUCAGCGAAUUUUUCUUUCUAUCGGAAACUGACCAAGUUUCCAUUGGAAAUGUUGUUAGAGAUUAUUUUCGUCCCGUGCCAAAGGCAGCCAUUUCCGUAGUCUCGAGUCUCAAACCAGAGGAAUGGAAUGAGGAUUUUCAAAACCUCAUUAUUCUCUUCAGUUCAUACCAAACAUUUCUCAACAAACCCAAACCUAACAAUCUUCUUCAACAAAUACGUAGACAAGACAAACAUAUAUGCAUGGAACACAGUCAUUGCGGAGUUAGCUCGGAGUGGCGAUUCAAUUGAAGCGCUCAAAGCUUUCUCAUCACUUAGAAGACUUUCUCUAAAACCAAAUCGUUCAACUUUUCCUUGCACCAUUAAAGCAUGUUCUGCAAUUUCUGAUGUAAGCUCAGGAAAACAAACCCAUCAACAAUCCUUAAUCUUUGGGUAUGAGAAUGACCUUUUCGUUUCGUCUGCUCUCAUUGACAUGUACUCGAAAUGCCAUGAACUAAAUGAUGCACGUAAGCUUUUCGAUAAAAUUCUUUGCAGAAAUGUAGUUUCGUGGACAUCAAUGAUUUCUGGUUAUAUCCAAAACGAUAGUGCACAUAACGCAUUAUUGCUUUUUAAAGACUUUUUAAAUAAAGAAGUUCUGAUGGAUCCAGUUGUGAUGGUUUCUGCUUUAUCUGCUUGUUCUCGGGUUUCUGAGGCCGGUAUUACAAAAGGGGUGCAUGGAUUACUAAUAAAAAAUGGAUUCGAAGGGGAUUUGAAUGUUGGGAAUACUCUAAUAGAUGCUUAUUCAAAAUGUGGUGAUAUGAGUGUUUCAAAGAGAGUUUUCGAUGAAAUGAGUUGGAGAGAUGUUGUUUCUUGGAAUUCGAUGAUAGCCAUUUAUGCUCAAAAUGGCCAAUCUAUGAAAGCUUUAGAAGUCUUCUAUGAAAUGUUGAAGGUUGGAGAUGUUAGUUACAAUGUCGUGACUCUGUCUACUGUGUUGUUGGCUUGUGCACAUUCUGGAGCUCUACACUUGGGGAAGUGUAUACAUGAGUUGGUGAUUAAGAUGGGUUUGGAGGAAAAUGUGGUUAUGAGUACUUCAAUCAUUGACAUGUAUUGCAAAUGUGGGGAAAUAAAGAUGGCGAGGAAGACAUUUGAUGGCAUGAGGGAGAAGAACGUAAAGUCUUGGACAGCCAUGAUUGCUGGUUAUGGCAAGCAUGGUCUUGCAAAAGAAGCUCUUGCUGUUUUCUAUGAGAUGCACAGAGCAGGAGUUCAGCCAAACUACAUAACCUUUGUGUCAGUUCUAGCAGCUUGCAGCCAUGCGGGUUUUGUUGAAGAAGGGAGGAAUUUCUUUAGCACCAUGAAUCAAGAGUUUGGUAUAGAACCCGGAGCUGAGCAUUACAGUUGCAUGGUUGAUCUUUUGGGGCAAGCUGGAUUCUUGAAUGAGGCUUUUGACCUGAUCAAAGGAAUGAAGGUGAAGCCUGAUGUCAUGGUUUGGGGAGCCCUUCUUGCAGCAUGCAGAAUUCACAAAAAUAUCAAGCUUGGUGACAUUUCGGCAAAGAAACUGUUCGAAUUAGACUCCAGCAAUUGCGGUUACCAUCUUUUGCUUUCAAAUAUCUAUGCUAGUGCAGGAAGAUGGGAUGAUGUCGAGAGAAUGAAAAUCUCAAUCAAAGGGAAAGGACUAACUAAACCUCCAGGGUUCAGUUUGGUAGAAGCAAAAGGAAGGGUUCAUGUAUUCCUUGUUGGUGACAAGGAGCAUCCUCAGCACAAAGAGAUUUACAGUUAUUUGGAGAUAUUAUCAGUUAAAAUGCAUGAAGCUGGUUAUCUCCCGGAUACAACAUCUGUUCUUCAUGAUAUUAAUGAGGAAGAGAAAGAAAGUGUGAUUCGUGUCCACAGUGAGAAGUUGGCCGUUGCGUUUGGAAUCAUGAAUACAGUUCCAGGGACAACAAUACAAGUAUUUAAGAAUCUUAGGGUAUGUGGGGAUUGUCAUAAAGCCAUAAAGUUUAUAUCGAAGAUUCUUAAUCAGGAUAUUGUGGUAAGAGAUUCAAAGCGAUUCCAUCGUUUCACAAACGGGACAUGUUCUUGUGAGGAUUACUGGUGAUAUUCGACCACUUGAAAUUGAGGACUUCCCGUUUUCAGUGUUUUCAAGGUUCAUACAUAACUGUCUUGUUUCAACUGCCAGAUUUGGCAAGGUUCAUUUGUUUCAAGUUCUGGCUACUGGAAU